AUGGAAAAGCUCUCCCUGGAUGAGAUUGGAUGGUUUUUUGUUCAAGAAUACUAUACAUUUUUAAAUAAAGAGCCUAGAAGACUUCAUUGUUUUUAUACUAAGAAAAGUACAUUUGUUCAUGGAAAUGAGGGUGAGAUUGUUAAACCAUGUUCUGGACAGCAGGAGAUUCAUAAAAAAAUUCUUGAGCUUGGAUUCUCUGAUUGUAAAGUUCUUGUUUCCAAUGUUGAUUCUCAGGCAUCGGCUAGUGGUGGAAUUGUGAUUCAAGUUUUGGGUGAAAUGAGUAAUUGUGAUGGGCCUAGUCGAAAAUUUGCUCAAACAUUUUUUUUGGCAGAACAGCCUAAUGGAUAUUUUGUUCUUAAUGAUAUUUUUCGAUAUCUUAAGGAAGAUAUAGAUAUUGAAUUAUGUGAUGGGGAAUGUCAUUCUUAUUCUUUAGAUUUUAGGAAUGAUAUGUUGCCAUCUUGUCUUGAAAUUAAUGAUAAAACGCCUCUUAUACCAGAAGAAAAAUUUGCAAAUGUCUCCAUUCUUUCUCAUGAUAAUAAUCCUAAUUUUCAAUCUAAUCAACUUUGUACAAUUACUGAGCCAUCGCAGGAACUCACUUCUGUUGUUUCUACAACUGAUGGUCAUCAUGAAAUUUCUUAUGAAAAGCCGUCUUUAGCUUCUUCAUCUGAGAAAAUAUCUUCAAUUGAGCAUAUACCUGGUUAUCUACAAAACAGUACUUUUAACACUCUAGAAUCUCAGUCUGCUAUGUAUGAAUCGUCAACAAUAUCUAGACCUAAGACCUGGGCAAAUCUUUUUGAUAAACCUCCUAUCCAUGAAAACAAAAAAGUAUCUUCUGUAGUCAAGCCAAUAAUUACUUAUCCACAACCUACUUUGCCUCUUGAACGUGUUCCUGCUGGUUCUAUUUCAGUUUUUGUAAAAAAUGUUAAGGAUAGAAUUUCUGAAGAAGAUUUAAGACAUGCUUUAUCUAAGUUUGGGGUUGUUCAUUAUAUCGAACUUAAAAGAGAGAAGAAUUGUGCUCUUGUUUAUUUUGAAACAGCUGCAGCAGUUGCUUCUGCAAUUGCUGCAAGUUCAGUAAAAAUUAAUAAGGAUACGGUAUUAAUUGAAGAAAGAAGGAAUAACUAUGAUAGAAGUAGAAAUAUUAAUGGAGAGCGUCGUAUUAAUGGACGAGAGUAUACAAAAUAUGGUGAUGAAAAAAGAAUAGGUAAUGAUAGACGUGGAUAUUUAAAUAAAGAUAAGAGGACAUGA